AAAGAUGUCAAAGAUUACUUUUUACGGAAACAGUACCUCCCAGCCAUCCAGAACUGUCGCCUGGACCUUGAAGACUCUAGGAGUUGAGUAUGAUUACAAGUAUACUGCUUCAAUUAAGGAUACUAGAUCUGAGGAAUUCACUACUAAGGUUAAUGUCUUCCAUCAAGUUCCAGCCAUUGUGGUUGAUGAUACUACAAUUGUCGAGAGCAACACUAUUGUUAGGUAUCUUAUUAACGAAUAUGAUAAGGAUGAAAAUCUUUUGCCAAGAGAUAAUUAUCUUGAGAGAGCUAAAGCUGAAGAGAUUUUGGAUAUUGGUACAACUAACGUUAGAUCAAGCAUGAUGAGUGCUGUAAACCCAAUAGUUGUUGGUCCAUUGUUUUUCGGAGCUGAGAAGCCAAGCGAAGAAGAGCAAAAGAAGUUGAUUGAAGACUUAAAUAAGACCUUUGAGAAGCUGAACACCAAGCUUGGAGACAAAGCCUACUUUGCUGGUGAUAAGCUUACUGUUGGAGAUAUCCAAAUCUACAACGAGAUCCAAACAGCACUUACUCUCCUUCAACUUGACCUUGCCGACUAUCCUCAGCUUAACACUUGGUAUGAGACAGUUGGAGCUAACGAAAUCCUCGCAGAGAUCACUAAGGAAAUGCUAGAAGCUUUAGCUGCCUUGAAUGAGUCAAAGUAA